AUGAACAAUCCGGCCAAGUACUGCACAAGAGUAGGAGAUGUGCGUCCGGACUUCAUGGGUGGUACGGUGGUUUGUAAAUCCGAAAACAUACUGACGAAUGAGAAAAAGACUAUACUUGUGGAACACAUUAUUGCUGGGGCGGUAAAACUCCACACUGAGCGUCUCUCUGUGGAGCCGGUGAUGAAUAACGUUAUUGUACCCUUGUUGGGAGGAAUACUGUGCUCCUACUUCACAGUUCCCCCGUAUCACCACACCAGUGGUGUGUCUGGUGCCGACAUGAUUAUGUACGCUGCCGCAGGGCCGAUGGGCGGCGCCGCCGCCUGGGCGAGCACGUGUGCAGUAUUGAAAAGCAGGCGACCAUUCGUUGGUGUUUUGAAUAUUGAUCCCCGGAAUGCUGUGGCGACAGAUAAGAGUGUUCGUAUAGCUGCCCACGAGAUUGCGCAUGCUCUUGGUUUUGGGUAUGAUCAGAUGAAUGAACUGAAGAUGAUAUCCACUGUAAGAGGUGUGCGCGGAAAAAACUCCGUGCUGGUGGUGUCGUCACCAAAAACGAAGGAGAUGGCGCAGAGGCACUACAACUGCAACAAUAUAAAAGGUAUGGAGCUGGAGGACGAGGGAAAUUACGGCACAAGUGGUUCCCACUGGGAGCGGCGCAACGCGAGGGAUGAGCUGAUGUCUGGUAUUUCGGGUGCGAGUUAUUACACUGCGCUAACAAUGGCAGCGUUCGAGGACAUGAUGUUUUACAAGGCUCGUUGGGGAAUGGAGGAACAUAUGGGAUGGGGCCACAACUCGGGCUGCAAGCUGUUGGAAGAGAAAUGUUUGGUGAAUGGUGUCAGUACUUAUCCAGAUAUGUUCUGUAGCGAAGCCCCACAAAAACACCAGCCAGUAUGCACGUUUGAUCGUAUGUCUCUUGGAUCCUGCCAACGGGCAAAGUACACUCAAGCCUUGCCAAAACAGUUCCAGUACUUCGUGGACCCUACAGAGGGUGGUGAUCCUCAUUUGAUGGACUUUUGUCCACACGUUAACCCGUUCUCCAACGCCGGGUGUACCGACGGCCAGCCGUUGGCAACGCAUGGGAGCCGCAUUGGCCCGAACUCACGGUGCGUGAAGGGUGAGUCGCUCAAGCUUUCGUAUAUGUCUCUUGCUGAUAUCUGUGUGGACAUCUCGUGCAGUAAUGGGACUGUGAGCGUUCGGUUUGUGAAUGAUGAUACGUGGUAUCCGUGUCCUUCGGGCAGCUACCUUAGCCCGAAGAAAACAUUCAUAAGUGGGCGCAUUGUGUGCCCCAAGCGGUCGGAAGUGUGCACAGAUGUCAGCGAUGGCACUGCAACGACGGCCUUUCUUGCAGAUCUUUUGUUUCUUUCUGUGUUGAGUUUCGUAAUGUUGGCUCUUUGA